CUCUGACGUCAUCGGGGUCCUUCCUCGUGUGGCUCCGUGAGGGUCAUGCAGUCAGUCUGAUCUGUGUUAUUAUUACCGUCAUUAUCCCCCCGGUGUGUUUCUCUCGUGUCGUGUGUUUCUCUCGUCAUGAUGGGCAGCAGUAGCUCCAGGAUCGCGGCGGGUUUGGGCGCGGCGCUGUUCGUCGGUUACUGUGUUUAUUUCGACAGAAAGAGGCGGAGUGAUCCAAACUACCAGAACAAACUCCGAGAACGAAGGAAACGGCAGAAGGCGUCUCAGGAGAAGGCUGGAUUAUCGAGGUUACCGGACCUGAAGGACGCCGAAGCGGUUCAGAAGUUCUUCCUGGAGGAGAUCCAGCUCGGAGAAGAGCUCCUGGCUCAGGGAGACUAUGAGAAGGGCGUGGACCACCUGACGAAUGCGAUCGCAGUGUGUGGUCAGCCUCAGCAGCUCCUGCAGGUCCUCCAGCAAACGCUUCCUCCUCCAGUCUUCCAGAUGCUGCUCACUAAACUACCCACCAUCAGCCAGCGUAUCGUCAGCGCUCAGAGUGUCAGCGACGACGACAUCGAAUAGGAACUGUGACAUCACUUCCUGUCUGCUCUGCCACCGAACGCACAGACACGGUUUUAAAGAAGCGUCUGGGAUAGAAUGAGUUUCUCUUCAUGUUGUUGAGCCUGUAACGAGCGUGUCUGGAAACAUCCGUUAUUUUUGUGUCGUUUGUUUACUAACCGAUUAUUGCGUUUCCAUUAAACAUCAGUGAUAGGCUCAGAGACAGGAUGUUGUUUGGAUGUCUUUCGUGUGUCAUUGAUCUGUCCUCGUGUGUUUAAGUUAUUCUCCAAGGCUGAGACGUCUGAUGUGGAAUUGUGGGAAAUUAAGCAUGUUUAAGUUUCCUUUUUUUAAAACUCCAAAUAAAAACGGAUAAACCGAA